UCAAAUAUGGCGGCUUGGACUGCCGCGUGCGUUAGGCUCCGCCCAUAGCUCCGCCCACAUGCGUGACGUCAUUCGUGUUAGUGGACACACGCGGAGAUAGGGGACGGCAUGGGCCUGGACAUACUGUCCGGUGAGUUCGGUACGGGUGCCGACUGCCGGGGCGGCGACCUCGGAUGGGGUACGGCUAGGGGACGGGCGGCGACCUCUGAUGGGCACGGCUAGGGGACGGACGGAGCACCGGCAUUGUCAGCCCGCGGGCAGUCUGCGGUCGGCCCGGGUGGGGUACCGGGCGUCAUAAUGGGAUAUUUUGACACAUGCGGCUCGCCGACCAUGUGUCAAAAUACGCUGCCGUCUCUGGAGCUCGCCAGGACGGCAGGUCAGUCCUGGACGGCCGCGUGUGUGGCCACGUGACGGCAGUGUGGGCUGCUCAGUUUAUUUAAACUUUAUGCCAAAUUACAUAGAUGUCGCUGCUACCGGUUCCAUCCACGUCUGUCUUCUGACCUACAUACUUUGUAUGUUAGUUUAUUGUCUGGUUUGCUAUGCACCGCCGCGUUUCUGUCUUCAUCUUGACUGACGGCUUGUCUUCCGGCAGGUUCCGGGCGCCAGUAACCCCAUCUCCAGAUUCACACUUGGACCGUUGUUCCCGCUGCGUCAACGAAAUCUGACCUUCAAUGACCUCUGGUGACCUGACCCUGGAACUGACCGAAAAAGUGACCGGAGUGGUUUCGUCAUUAUUAUUGACACUCUUUCGAACGCCACUUUCCGCGUAUCGCACCGUGGCCUGGCCCAGCAGCCGAGGCAGAAGGGUGUUCAAACACCCCCCAGCAGGGCAUGGAGAUCCAGGACCCCAGCGGGGCGCGGGUUAUUCGUGGCUACUGUAAUGGCGUGUUGUCCCUGCCACCCCCAGCUACUGUGUGAUAACGUUGUAACGGUGACGAGACUGAGUGCCCCUCUCCUCACAUGGGUAGGUAAUGACCCCCCCCCCCUCCCCCUCUGUGUUACCGGGUGGUGACGGCGGCGGAACAAUGUAACGUCUCCACCCUGCUGGAGCGGGCCCGUCAGCAGCGAGCCGUGGACGCCACCAACUACAACGAGCAGUCGUCGCUGAAGAAGCAGCUGCCCGAUCAGUCGCCGGGCUGAGCUGGCGCAGCUGGGCGUCGGCCCGCGGCCAGGUGGUGGAACAAUGAGACUUCUCCUCCCUGCUGGAGCGGGCCCGUCAGCAGUGAGCCGUGGACGCCACCAACUGCCACCAGCAGUCGUCUCGCUCCCACUCGGUGUUCACGCUGCGCCGUGAGGGUACUGGCGCAGCGCGCUGACACGGCUCACUGUACCUGGUCGACCUGCUCCGGCCCCGAGCGGCUCAGAGUCCGCAGCGCAGGGCGACCGGCUCACCGAGACAACGAAUAUCAACUAGUCGCUGGCCAGUGGCCAGCCUGGGCAACGUCACCAUGGCGCUGGGAAAUACGGACCACGUGCCGCUCCGCGACUCCAAGCUGACGCACCUGCUGCACCACUCACUGGACGCCAACAGCAAGACGCUGAUGUUCGUGAACGUGUCGCCGAGCGAGGACGGCGCCGGCGAGACGCUCAACUCGCUGCGUUUGGCCGGCCAGGCUGGCCAAUGGCAGUGCACCACGAAUUCGGUACGGCUGAAACAUUACAGUUCUACAACACGCCACUGAUCUUCAUACACCGAACAUCGGGCAUCAUUACGUCACUCUGUGGCAGAAACAAGUGAUCUGGAGGAUCGCCACCGAACGCCUUCGACCAAACAUCGCGCCUCACCAAAACGUCACUUUGAAGUUGAAAAAGUGAGCUAGAGGACAAGUGAUGUCACGUUAUGACAACUUGAGUGCCCGUGAAGGCGAUGGCAGGUGCGGUGCUGUCUAUGGAGGUGUGUAUUGAAUAAACGUAUCUCAUGCACUGGGCAAAUAUGAUGUGGAUAUGGAGGUGUGUAUUGAAUAAACAACGUAUCUCAUGCUCGGGACACAUGUGAUGUGUCCAUGGAGGCGUGCAUUGAAUAAACUUAUCAGUCGUGGAAGGUUUGAUCAAUCGUUGUCAUUUUUAGCACGUGCUAUUUUUGUCACACGUGCCAAAAAUGGCAACGGUUCUGUUAUUUUUGACAACGAUGGAGCCGAUUUCACUCCUCAGCGAGGAAAUCACGAUUUUGGAAAUACAAGCACUGAUUUUGGAAAAGAAGUGCUGCCACCUGGUGCAAGAAUAAUAAACCAGCUGUAAUACGGGCCGUUGUAUGGUAAUUUGUUUUGUGGCCUGAAGUUCGAACUUAAAAACUACUGUUACGUGUUAUGUUGUGCCGAACUACGACCAUGUCGUACGCAACUAAAUCAUCGUGUCGGUCGGAACUCUGCUUCAGGGCGAAUUAAGCGGUUUUCUGCGAUGCAUCAUUCGUUUAAAAUAAAAUAGCAUGUCAUU